AUGUCGUCCGCCAGAGAUAUUCGUCCCCGCCAGGAUGACCUGGGUGUUCAAACUCAAUACAUCUCGACCUCGCCUUCAGCUUCAUUCCACUCCCCCUCCAGCCACACCUCGGCUCUUAACCGCACAAUUCCUGUGAUCAAUGCCAAGCACCUGAAGCCCUUUGCGACAACAGACAUCAAGGUCCUACUUUUGGAGAAUGUGAACCAGGCUGGUCGUGACAUGCUCCAGCAGCAGGGUUACCAGGUGGAAUUCCUCAAGUCCUCUCUCCCAGAGGAUCAACUCAUUGAGAAGAUUCGUGACGUACAUGUUAUUGGUAUCCGUUCAAAGACCAAGCUCACCGAGCGCGUCUUGAGGGAGGCUAAGAACCUCAUUGUCAUCGGUUGUUUCUGUAUCGGAACCAACCAGGUUGACCUGCAGUGUGCCGCUGCCCAAGGUGUCGCCGUCUUCAACUCACCAUUCAGCAACUCCCGCAGUGUCGCUGAGCUGGUCAUCGGUGAGAUCAUUGCCCUUGCCCGACAAUUGGGUGAUCGUUCCAAUGAGAUGCACAACGGCACAUGGAACAAGGUCAGCAAUAAGUGCUGGGAAAUCCGUGGCAAGACAUUAGGUAUCAUCGGAUACGGUCACAUUGGUGCUCAAUUGUCUGUGUUGGCGGAAGCCAUGAGCAUGUCAGUCAUCUAUUUCGAUGUCUUGAACAUGAUGUCCCUGGGUACUGCUCGCCAGGUCGAGUCCUUAGAUCAGCUUUUGGCCCAGGCCGAUUUCAUUACCUGCCAUGUCCCCGAGCUUCCCGAGACCAAGGGCAUGAUUGGCAAGGCCCAAUUCGAGAAGAUGAAGACCGGCAGCUACUUGAUCAAUGCCAGCCGUGGAACCGUUGUAGACAUCCCUGCUCUCAUUGAGGCCAUGCGCAGUGGCCGUGUUGCCGGUGCCGCGUUGGACGUGUACCCCAACGAGCCCGCUGGAAACGGCGACUACUUCACCAAUGACCUGAACGAAUGGGCUGCCGACCUCCGAUCAUUGAAGAACCUUAUCCUUACCCCUCACAUUGGAGGAAGUACUGAGGAGGCCCAGAGCGCCAUUGGUGUGGAGGUUGCUCAAGCCCUCACCCAAUACGUCAACGAGGGUACCACACUGGGCGCUGUUAACCUGCCCGAGGUCACUCUCCGUUCUUUGACCAUGGACGAGCCCAACCACUGUCGCGUUGUUUAUAUCCACAAGAACAUUCCUGGUGUGCUGCGAAAAGUCAACGAGAUUAUCGGUGACCACAAUGUCGAUAAGCAAAUGACCGACAGCAGAGGCGAUGUUGCCUACCUGAUGGCUGAUAUCAGCGACGUGAAUGCCGAUGUCAUCAAGGACUUGUAUGAGAGAUUCGAGAGUCUGUCCUCCCGAAUUAUGACCCGCAUUCUAUACUAA